GCCCCUUUGCCCGGCCUCCGGGCUCUCCCGUAGCCAAUAUGGCGGCUCCCUGUGUGUCCUGCGGCGCCGCAGCUUUUUACCGGCUCUUUCUCGGAGGUAGGGUUAGCCUCACCCGGAGACAAGGCGUUUGGAAAGCCGCGGCUGCUGAGUUGCAGACAGGUACUGGAUUCCAGAUAUUAAGGCUAAGGCACACCACAGGUGUAACAACAAAGAAAAAUAUUGCAGCCUUAAGACGUGAAACUUACACAGUGGAUUUUAUUAAAAAGCAAAUUGAAGAGUUCAACAUAGGAAAGAGACAUUUAGCCAACAUGAUGGGAGAAGAUCCAGAAACUUUCACACAAGAGGACGUUGACAGAGCUAUUGCUUACCUUUUUCCGAGUGGUUUGUUUGAGAAGCAAGCCAGGCCAGUAAUGAAGCAUCCUGAACAGAUUUUUCCAAAACAAAGAGCGAUCCAGUGGGGAGAGGAUGGCCGUCCAUUUCAUUUUCUCUUCUAUACCGGCAAACAGUCGUAUUAUUCAUUAAUGCAUGAAGCAUAUGGAAAGCUACUAGAAGCAGAAAAACGUCAGAAUCAGUUGCAAGCCAAAGGUCUAUUUUCAGAAAAAACUGAAACCAAAGACCUGAUUGGCAGCAGAUGGCUGAUUAAGGAGGAACUAGAAGAAAUGUUAGUGGAAAAACUGUCAGAUCAAGAUUAUGCACAGUUCAUUCGGCUGCUGGAAAGGUUAUUGACGCUGCACCGUGGUGCCGAAGAAGAAUUUGUACAGAGAUUCCGUAGGAGUGUAACUAUUCAAUCAAAAAAACACCUGAUUGAACCUGUGCAGUAUGACGAGCAAGGAAUGGCCUUCAGCACCAGCGAAGGUAAAAGAAAGAGCGCAAAAGCAGAAGCAGUUGUUUAUGAGCAUGGAAGUGGAAGAAUAAAAGUAAAUGGAAUUGAUUACCUGCUUUACUUCCCAGUGACACAAGACAGGUUUGUUUCUCGUUUUGCAUUUGUGUUUUGUCUUUUUAUUUAUUAAAAAGGCUUGUGAUUUUCUGAUUAUAUAUGUCUGAAUGAUAUAAUUAAUUUAAAUCAAACUAGCUAGAGGGAAGCUGUCACUAUCUUUUUUAUGCCAUUUUCCAGAUUUUGAAAAAGCCUCUGUAGAAUUCCUCAUUAAUUGAAUCUUCCUGUCUCCAUCAGAUCCUACUGGAAGUUGAGUAUUUUAGAUGUAUCUUUUUUUCUGAAAUGCAGACUGAGCCAAAAUGAGAGAAGAGUCGAGUCCCACCUUCUGUUUCCCUAGCUGGGGGGCAUAUGUGCACAAAACAACACAAACCAACCUUGGCCCUUAACAGCAUAAGUACCAGAAAAAAUCUGCUUUAUCACUCUGAAUUUUUUUCCUACUCAGAGGAAACUGAUUACAUAUUGAGCAAGCAAAGAAACCUGACGUUGAUGUGUUAAAAUAAGAGCUCAUCAGGCUUUGCUUUAGUUCCCGGUGCCAAAUAUGGCAGUUUUAUUUUUUGAGCUUUGUAUCCUUGGAGAAAUAGACAUUAAUCAUAAAUAAGUAUUACAAUUCAUGUCCUCUAAAUAUGCUCAUCUUUGAUCUCUGUGAAUCACUAUCUAAAGGCCUCUUUUGGAGACGGUUAUUAUUUUUCUAGUAGUUACUGUCAUUAUCCACAAGUAACACAAGUUCUGCAUGAUUAGGCCCACCUCCAUAAUCUUCCUGUUUCCUGAAUGUGUAGUGCACUAUUUAGGGUGAAAAGGGGCAAAAGCUCUGCUGAUUCUAGUGCUUAUGUAAGGAAAAGAGGACACUGUUAAUGUCGUGUAAGUUUCUGGACUGAAUAAUGACUUUGGGAAAUGUAUGUUUAUUUCAUUGGUAUGUGUGACUGUGUCGAGGAGUAACCCACUCUAACUCCGUUCAAAUGAAGUAGACUAAUUCUUCCAUCCUUCUCACAGGGAGAUGGGUAGAGGAAGCUCUUCUUUCCCUUAAAAGCCAGAGAGAGGCCCAGAAUGUCAGCACAGAAAACUGCUUGGGGAAAUGGCAUUUGACCAGUUAGUUUGCUUUCAGAUAUAACUCCUGAUGGUUUAACGAUAAAUCUCAGUUAUGGCUUGAUCUCAUCAUUCAGUGGUAUCCUUAGAACGUAUUUUCCAGUUUGAAUUCAGCAGGCAUUUAUUGAGGACUGUUGGUGUAUACUGUCUUGUUCUGGGCAUUGUGAAGACAGAGCUAUUUAGGAUAUGAUAUCUAUCAUCAAGAGACUUCCUCUCUGACUGGGAAGCCUAAGUCAAGAGUGUUGGCAGAAAUGGGCACCGGGACCAUCUCAUCACAUUAAAGUGGUUGUAGGGAUUGGGCAUGGCUAUCAGGUGAUCUCGCUUCUAGUUCUGUCUCCUAGCGUAGGAGAGCAGGACUUGAUCUCUACAGUGCUCACCUGUAAGUCAGCUGGAUGACUAGCUAGCUGUCUUUGCAGAGUCCUUUCUUCAGGUUCUUUGCACAAAUAGAUCAUUGGGAAUGAACGUUGACUGUGUUGCCUUCACAGUGUUAUCAGAAAAUUCUUGUUCAUUCAUUCCUUCCUUCACUUAUACAACAGACAUUUAUUACUAAGUGCCCAAUACUGUGGAAUACCGAGAUUAAUAACCCUUCUGAUUUGGAAAGGCCUUUGCUCUGUCAGCCAACCAUUAACGCAACUCUUGAUCAUCUGUCCCAAAGAAAUACGUUCUUCACACAGCACUAGCCAUGUAAUAAGGGAGAUAAGGUUAGCAUUCUCAGCAAUUGAAGAAAAAUCAAAAAGAUCAUGCAUUUGUACAUAUGCUGAAUUGUAGGCUUUUGAAUUGGUGCCAUAAGGAAUUGUGUUCAGAGU